GAGAGGUGGAGAGAGAGAACGUCUAGCGACUUCAUUCCAUUCCGAUACGUGGUGCGUGGCGGUUGUGUGCGCGCAACUUUCUUUCUUUCUUUCCUUUCGGCGAAGGCGCCCACUAUUGAGAGCAGAGUCGAAUCAGUGGCAACAAUAGCCAGAGCCAGAGCCAGAGCCCCAACCGACAUCACAGAGAGAGAGAGAGAAUGUUCAUUCGAAGCCCCCAAUCAAAGGCAAUCAAGUAGGGGACAAAAGACGACAAAAACGUCGCGCUAACGGUCACUGAAAUUGAAAUUGUGCAGCCCCCAAAAACGUAAGCGCCCCCUCCCUCCCCGCCGCCAAAAAACGUAAGGCUGCUGAUCAGCCCCGUGCCAGAGCUAGAGUCAGUCCGUGAGACGGUCUCAUAGCCAGCGGUCGCCGUUCCGUGCUCGUGCUCGCGCUCCGUGCCCCCAGCCCGUUCCCUGCCCCCCGAACCGACAACCCCCCGACAAAGUGAAACGUACGAUGGGCCAAAUCAGUGCAAAGUGUGUGAACAGUGUGCAAUUGCUUCAAUAUUACUAAGAAAAUUGAUUGACCAGCAUUCAACAAAAAGAAAAAAAGGUGGUUUUCGAAAACUGCUGGAAAAGUAGUAAUAUCUAAAAUAGUUAGCAGCUACAAAAAGAUAUAGUAUAGUAUAUUACUUUUGGGUGCAUAUAGUACUCGGAAAAAAGCAAAUCUUGGAUACGAAACGAACCGAUUAAGCGAGAAAUAUCGAAAGCUAAAAGAUGGCUUGCGGCAUAUCGUGUGUCGAUAAGACACUCAACAAAUCGUUCUACCAUCUGGGCCUCAAAAUAGCCAAACAUCCUGGAUAUUUCAUCAUCAUACCGGUCCUGUUGACUCUGCUCUGUAUGACGGGCUAUCAACAACUGAAGUAUCAAAUCGAUCCCGAAUACCUAUUCUCGCCCAUUGCGGGGGAGGGCAAGACUGAACGUGCUGUUGUUGAGCAAUAUUUCAAAGUGAAUUAUACGCAUCGCUUCAAUGUCGGACGCAUUACGAGGCCCGGUCGCUUCGGACGGGUCAUAGUGAUAACGAAGGAUGGCGAUGAGAACAUGAUACGGCGUGAGGUCUUCCAGGAGCUGAGGACACUGGACAAUCUCAUACAGAAUGCCACGAGCACCUACGAUGGGGAUACGUACACCUACAAGGAUAAUUGUGCGCGCUGGGAGAACGAGUGCUUCGAGAAUGAUAUCCUCAACCUAGAUGCUCUGAUGGAUGAUCUUGAGACGGGACAACUGAAUCUGACGUUUCCGUUCAUGUUUAAUCCCGUCACCUGGGAUGCCCAUCUAUUUCCCGUUUUCUUUGGCGGCACAAAGCUAACGGAAGACAACUAUGUGAUCAGUGUGCCGGCCAUACAGCUGGUAUACUUCGUGACCGCCGACACCAAGCGGCAGGAUGCCAAAGGCGCCGAAUGGGAGGAGACCUUCCUGCGGGUGGUGGGACAUGCCGAGGACUCUGGACUGUUCAAGCACAUCUCGGUGUCGUACUUCGCCUCACGCACCCUGGACCACGAGCUGGAGAAGAACACCAAGACAGUGGUGCCCUAUUUCAGUUCCACUUUCCUUCUGAUGGGUCUCUUCAGCAUCAUUACCUGCAUGAUGGGGGAUGCCGUGCGAUCCAAGCCCUUCCUGGGUCUGAUGGGCAAUAUUUCGGCCAUCAUGGCGACACUGGCGGCCUUUGGCCUGGCCAUGUACUGCGGCAUCGAGUUCAUUGGCAUCAACCUGGCCGCCCCAUUCCUGAUGAUUGGCAUUGGCAUCGAUGACACAUUUGUGAUGUUGGCUGCCUGGCGGCGGACAAGGGCCAAGAUGCCGGUGGCCGAACGCAUGGGACACAUGAUGUCCGAGGCGGCGGUGUCGAUCACCAUCACCUCGGUCACUGACUUCAUUUCGUUUCUGAUUGGCAUCAUCAGUCCCUUCCGAUCGGUGAAGAUAUUCUGCACCUACUCGGUGUUCGCCGUCUGCUUCACGUUCAUGUGGCACAUCACCUUCUUUGCCGCCUGCAUGGCCAUCUCGGGGUACAGGGAGCGCAAGAAUUUGCAUUCCAUAUUCGGCUGCCGGGUCCAGCCGAUGUCGGUGGCCAUUAAAGAGAAACGCAACUUCCUCUACAAGGCGAUCAUGGCGGGCGGCAUCGAUCCCGCGGAUCCCGACAAUCCCAUCGACAACAAGGAUCACAUGCUGAUGGCCUUCUUCAAGGACAAAAUGUCCGCUGUGAUCAACAACAAAUGGUGCAAGGCCAUCAUCAUCCUGGCCUUUGCCAGCUAUCUGGUGGGGGCCUGCUACGGCAUUACCCAGAUCAAGGAGGGCCUCGAGCGGCGCAAGCUGUCCCGUGAGGACUCGUACUCCGUGGAGUUCUUCGAUCGGGAGGAUGAUUACUACCGCGAGUUUCCCUACCGAAUGCAGGUGAUCAUUGCCGGGCCAUUGAACUACUCGGAUCCGUUGGUGCAGGAGCAGGUGGAGAAUCUGACGAGCACAUUGGAGCACACCUCGUAUGUGACCUCCAGGCGCUACACCGAGUCCUGGCUGCGCUCCUUCCUUUCCUUCCUGGACCGCAACACCGAGCUGCUGAAUGCCACCGUCGACGACGAACAAUCCUUCAUCGACGCGGUCAAAGAGCACUGGCUCUUCCCCGGCAAUCCCUUCUCGCUGGACGUGCGCUUCAACGACGAUGAGACCCAGAUUAUUGCCUCGCGAUUCCUCAUUCAGGCCGUCAACAUUACAGAUACCAAUCACGAGAAGGAAAUGGUGCGGGAUCUGCGCCAGAUCUGCAGAGAUUCGCCACUGAAUGCCUCCAUCUUCCAUCCCUACUUCGUGUUCUUCGAUCAGUUCGAGCUGGUGCGUCCCGUCUCGCUGCAGGCCAUGGUCAUCGGAGCCAUCAUCAUGAUGAUCAUCUCGUUCAUCUUCAUACCGAACAUCCUCUGCUCGCUGUGGGUGGCCUUCUCCGUGAUCUCGAUUGAGCUGGGCGUCGCCGGCUACAUGGCCUUGUGGGACGUCAAUCUCGACUCGAUUUCGAUGAUCAACCUGAUCAUGUGCAUCGGCUUUUCGGUGGACUUCACCGCCCACAUCUGCUAUACCUACAUGUCCUCGAAGAAGCGCAGUCCGAAGGCCCGUGUCCGCGAGGCCCUUCACUCGCUGGGCCUGCCCAUCAUCCAGGGAUCCAGCUCCACGAUUCUCGGUAUUGUGGCUUUACUACUAGCUCAAAGCUACAUCUUCCUGGUCUUCUUUAAAAUGGUCUUCCUGGUGAUCUUCUUCGGGGCAAUGCACGGCCUGUUCCUGCUGCCUGUGCUGCUCUCCCUCUUCGGACCCGGCUCCUGCCUGACCUGGACGGGUCGGGACGAUGGCAGCGAGGCUGAGGUCGACGACAGCCUGGACGAGAGGAAGCCGGAGAAGCCCUUCUCCCAGUCGUACUAUAUGCAGUACCCCACCAUGGGCAUCAAUGGACCCUAUGGCUCCAAGGGCUUCCUCGGAGCUCCCUACAAGGCCUAUGGCGUGGACGAGAAGGACCAGGGCCUGGGCACCUCUGGCGAGGACUCGUCGGAGAGCAGCUCCAGUCGAUCGCAGCGCCGCCAACAGCUGGCCAAUGCCGCAGCCGAGGAGGAGGCCGCACAGGAUCCCCGCCGCCGUUACGAAGAGGGCUGGCGUCGCUCCUCCUACCAGAAUAUCUACGGCGGCCCGAAUGGCAGCAUCAUCGCUGGCCAUGUCCAAGCUCAGUUCCAGGCCCAGCCCGAUCUCUACGGCCAGCAGGUGUCGGCAGCCGAGUGGCGGCAGCGCCUGGACGCCCACGAACAGCAGCAGCAGCAGCGCAGCCGGCAGCGACGCAGUCCAUACGAGAACUACGACCUGGACAUGCAGCGGGCGCGUCGCAACUCCCACGGGGACAUCAUCGACAUGCAGGGCACCCCCAACUCCUCCGUGGAUGAGCGCCUGCGGCGCCAGUAUCCCCAUGAUCGAGUGCUGAGCGGAGGCAGUGGCGAUGAGGGCAGCUAUCGCCAGCAGUCAGGGCGGGACUCAUCCCCGAUUGCGGCUCAGCCGCCACUGGGGAACUCGUCCUCGGCCAAAAGGUACCACCGCCGACGCUCCUCUGAGGACUCGACGCGCCACCACCAGCGCUGGCCGGCGAAUAUCGAGGAGCGUCGGGCGCGACGCACCCAAUCCCCAGCCCAGCGACAACCAGAGACUGCCCCGCCCAGCUUCGCCUACCGCUCGUCUUCCCAUCACAAUCUCUACCAGCCACAGAAGAACGGCAAGGCCACGAAACAGCCUCCCACAUACCAAUAUGGGGAUUAUUAUCACUAAAGGAAUGAUCCAUAGAGAAGAGGAUAUCCAUGGAGAGAGAGAGAGAGAGAUGUUUGGCGUAACGGACAGGAAUCUACAUAGAGAGAUGGACCAGAGCAGAGCAGAUCAGAGCAAAUUGUCUUGUCAACAUGAUACUAUACUAGUUAAGUUAGGAGAUCUUUCAAAUGAAACUACACACUAGCAGGUGGUUCUGUAGGUAUCCUCUCUCUCAACCGAUUUUGUCUUCAUUCUGUAGUAGCUUGCCCCGCAUUUGGAACACUAUGUAGAAUACUCAGAUUAGGAAACAGACAAACCCUACUCUUGUUUCCCACAGUGUGAAACAAUUGAAAAUGAUCGAUUUAUUUAUGCGAAAACCAUUUCAUUCAGCAGAAGAAACGAGCUCCCAAGUCACACAACUUAAGGUACCAUCUACACACAAAUACUAAUAUAUGUAUAGUAUAUAUGCUAGCAUUAUGUCUACAUGUUACUUGAGUCAGACUUAGGGUUCCUUCCCCAUAUCAGUGUUUAUUUAAAUUAAUUUCUAGCUUUAGUGUUCAAUGAUGAUAAAUAUAAAUAUAAUUAUUGUAAAGACGACAUGAAGAUGAUGAUGAUGAUAUAUAUAUGUUUUGUAUAGUGCAAAAGCAACGCUGAAUAUUUAAUAACUAUUAUUUUUUAGGGGCCACUUCCUUGGGCCACAGACACAGACACCUAAACCUACAUAGGCCUGAUGAUAUGCUUAGCCUGUACUGAAUCUUAAGAAAUCUGGGGACAAGUUUGUAAAGCGUUUACAAUUUUUGCUAUUGAAUAAAAAAUUUUAUAUUUUCCUAGAAA